AACCUUCGUCCUGCCUGCGAAACUGGUUUAAAAGGGUAAAGAGCGUUCACAGAUUCCCCCACCACCACCGGCGGCCGAUCAUCAUCUUUCCGGUCACUUCCGCCCUACUCUCUCGUCGCUGAACCUCUCAGGGGAGGAGGAUGUCUACGCCCGCAAGGAAGAGAUUAAUGAGAGAUUUUAAGAGGUUGCAGCAGGAUCCUCCUGCCGGUAUCAGUGGUGCUCCGAUCGAUAACAAUAUCAUGCUCUGGAAUGCUGUCAUAUUUGGUCCAGAUGAUACUCCUUGGGAUGGAGGUACGUUCAAGUUGACACUUCAGUUUUCAGAAGAUUAUCCUAAUAAGCCACCAACAGUGCGAUUCAUAUCUCGAAUGUUUCAUCCCAAUAUUUAUGCAGAUGGAAGCAUAUGUUUGGACAUUCUUCAAAAUCAGUGGAGUCCAAUUUAUGAUGUUGCUGCCAUUCUCACAUCAAUUCAGUCAUUGCUCUGUGAUCCAAACCCAAACUCACCAGCCAAUUCCGAAGCUGCACGGUUGUUUAGUGAGAAUAAGCGUGAGUAUAACAGAAAAGUGCGUGAAAUUGUGGAGCAGAGCUGGACGGCUGACUGAUGGUCGGGAAGGCACGGAGGAUCAAGAGGUCAUCAUUUUCGCACCGACAAAUCUCCCGGUAUGGUGGUACUUUCUUCUGAGAUGUACUUGUUUAAGAGAUUCAAUAACAAGCUUAGCGAAACACUAUGUUUAUUUGAAGGUGUCAUGCCAUACAAAUACAAUAUUUAGGGAAUUUAAGCUUCUGUCAUCUUUGAUCCGUGAUACGUUGCUUGCUUAUCAGACAUGUGUGUAUAUAUAAUUAUUUCUUGUGUUAUGUCGGUAUGAAAUUGUGCCAGUAUUUCUAGCU